AUGGCGACAACAACAGCAGAGACCCUAGCUUCAAGAAGGCAUCAAAAUCGCACCGCUAAGCUUGCAUGCUUCUCUUUUGCAGCCUAUGCUAAAACCCUAAUCGACCAUCUCAAGUCUCUCAACAUCCCUGUUCUUCCUGGUCUCAAUGAUCAUGAAUUUGCCUCCAUUGAAUCCACCUUCCAUUUCUCUUUUCCUCCUGAUCUUCGCACCAUUCUCCAAGAAGGCCUCCCUAUUGGCCCCCACUUCCCUAACUGGCGCUCAUCUUCUCCUCAGCAACUCAAGAUUUUACUAAACCUCCCUUUCUUGAACCUCUCCAAGAAUAUUUUGCAGAAUAACUUCUGGGUUCAUUCUUGGGGUGAUAAACCGGCUGAUGCCAAUCGAGCGUUGGAUAUAGCAAAAGGGUUCUUCGAUAAAGCUCCGGUUCUUGUGCCUAUAUAUGGUAACUGUUACAUUCCUUCUACGCCGAACACCGCUGGGAAUCCGGUGUUUUACGUCGACGAUGGCGGUGUACGUGUUUUGAGCUUUGAUGUUGCCAGGUUCUUUCAAGAGGUUGAAUUCUUGCAAAUUGGUCUUCAUUUUAUCAGGCCGGGGAUUUUGCCAAGAAAUCAGAGGAUACCCAUCAAUGUGCCGGCUUGGGCGGCGACAGCAGCGCGAAGGAUUGAUUUUUGGACGGAGGUAGCCGAGAGAGGCAGGAAAAUGGUGGUGCGUGAUGACACGCACGGGUGGUGGAGCGGUGGGGAUUUAGUGUACUGGGAACUAGGUGAUUGUUUAGAGGAUGUGUUUUGGAAGCUGAGAGAUGGAGGGUGGAGAGAAGAGGAGGUGAGGGAGAUGAUGAUGAUAGACGGUAGUGAUAACAAGGGAGAGAAAGGCAGUGGGGCCAAAGUCGGAAAAGAGGAUGUGGUGUGGCAACUGAAGGUGAUGUCAACGGUGUUAUUGCGUGCGGGAUGGAGCAGAGAAGAUGUCGUGUACUCGCUUGAUCUUCAAGAUCAUGAGGAUAGACUGGAUAGUCCUGGUAGCUUUGUUGGCAAAUUUUGUAUAGACUUUCAACUUCCAAACAGCAGCUGUUCCAGGCAGGAUGAUGAUCAUCAAAAGAGCAGUAUGAAGCAGUUGAUGAACCUUCGAUCUCUUGAGGUGUGA